UGGCGGCGCCUACGCGCGGAGCCUGACAGUGAAUAACCUGCGAUAAUUGCAAGUUGAUUAAUGAGUUGUCAAUGCAAGUUAUGUGGCAAUCGCGUUAUCGGCCUAACGAGUUAUGUCAGAAUAGAUACCGGCUUCUGUACUUUUUGCGAGGACAUUGAUUCAAAUGUGUGUGUGCAUGUGUGCGCGCAUAUUUAAAACCGGUUUCACGCGUGCAGUUUUAAGAUGAACACCGAGGACCAAACGUGGCUAUUAUUAUUUCCAAUAUGUAUCAACGCAAUAAUGUCUGUGAGUGCGUACUAUUUGACUAUUCACCUAAUUCCGAAGAUAAAAUCUAUGUUUGUCAAAGCUAACCUCUACGGUAUUGACAUGAGUAAGAAGAACAGUGAUAAAGUACCGGAGGCGAUAGGUGUUGUUACUGGAUGUGUGUUUCUCAUAAUAAUGUUCCUAUUUAUUCCUGUGCCAUUUACAGAUCAUAUACUUAAAAAUGAAAACUUUCCUCAUGAUAAGUUUGUUGAAUUUCUGGCUGCAUUACUGUCCAUAUGUUGCAUGCUACUCUUGGGAUUUGCCGAUGAUGUUUUGGACUUACGUUGGCGACACAAAUUACUUUUACCUACUAUAGCAUCCUUGCCAUUAUUAAUGGUUUACUAUGUUAAUUUUAAUUCCACGGUAAUCAUUAUACCAAAACCAUUGAGACCAUGGUUUGGUUUUUCACUGGAUUUAUGGAUAUUUUACUAUGUAUAUAUGGGAAUGCUGGCUGUAUUCUGUACAAAUGCGAUAAACAUAUUAGCUGGGAUCAAUGGUUUGGAGGUUGGUCAGAGUUUAAUCAUUGCCACGAGUAUUCUCAUCUUUAAUAUUAUAGAAUUAUGUGGCAAUCAAUGGAAGGCGCAUCAAUUUUCAAUAUACUUUAUGUUGCCUUAUAUAGCAACUUCUCUUGCAUUAUUCAAAUUUAAUUGGUAUCCAUCGCAGGUUUUUGUGGGUGAUACAUUUUGUUAUCUUUCGGGAAUGACUUUUGCUGUCGUUGGUAUCAUAGGUCACUUUAGCAAAACAACUCUAUUGUUUUUCAUCCCUCAAAUAAUCAAUUUUCUAUACAGCGUGCCACAGCUUUUUCAUUUUGUACCAUGUCCUAGACACAGAUUACCAAAAUAUAAUAAAGAAACUGACAAAUUGGAGUAUAGUAUAACUGUAUUUAACAAAUUAGAACUGAAUAUAAUUGGAAAGUUAUUAAUGUGGAUAUUAAAAACGUUCAAAUUGAUAAAGUGGCAAGAAGAUGAAAAAGGUAUUGUAAUUUGCAAUAAUUUAACUUUGAUCAAUUUUAUAUUGAUCAACACUGGUCCAUUAAAAGAACCAACACUAACUACAAUUUUAUUAAUAAUUCAGGUUAUUAGCAGUAUACUGGCAUUUAUUAUUAGAUACCCUCUGGCUUCUAUAUUUUAUGAUAUUUGAAUAAAUAAUAAAAAAUAAGUAAAUACGGAUUUUCAUAUAAAUUUCUGAUUAUAUGAACAAUUAUGUACAUAAUUCACUUAAAAACAUUAUCUGAUGUACAUAAUACAAAAAAUUCAUGCUUUUAACACAAAUGUCUAAUGUUUAGUAUAGACAUCUGUGGCUUUUAAUAGGCUACUGUCUUUUCUUUUUUUUCAAUAUAUUGUAAAGUAUGUUGAGCAAAUAAGGCAUUAAUAAAUAUGAUUUAUGCUCUUAAAAUUUGAGAAUUACAAUUAUAAAGUAAUUCACAAAUAUAUAUCAAAUUUUAAUAUUUGCAUAUAUUAACACAACAUAGAUAAACAGAAACAUACAAAUAAAACUUGCAUUUCUCAAAAAAAUUAUCUAUAAAUAUCAAUUUAUAAUAAAUAUUUUAAAGCUUUGAUGAUCUGUGCAAACGGAUUUUUUAUAUCACUAACCUUUUUUGUGCAAAUCAGAAAUUAAAUGCAAUUUUAAAAAA